CUUCCGGUAAAAUGGCGCACCCCUUGCUAAACAUUAAGUAUCGGCAUUACACAAAUACAAUUAGCACUCUCCACAAUCAUUAUAUUGAAUGCAUAUUUGUGUAGUAGACGAAUGAUAAAUUUCAAACAAACGGGGGAAUUUUUUAUGUUUACCAAAGUAUUAUUUUUAAACAGUAAAUUUUAAAAUAAGCUUAAAAUUAAAAGUCACUUGGAGUUCAGUUUGAUUGAGUUGGGCUUGAUUAUGAUUGACUACUGACUAGAGUCACUAGCUGAGCCAAGACAAGUAAAGUUCACCAAACUCAGUUGCCUGCCAAGUCUUGCCCAGGUCAGGGCUAGACUCCUGCAUAAGAAAGACUAAGAUUAAGAAGAGGCAUUAGAGGUCUUGUUUUUUUAUUCAAUAAUGAAUGAUCUGAAUGUUUUUUUGUGUGUUAACUUAAUGAAUGGAAAUGAAUCAUGAAUGAAUUGAAUGGAACCCAUUUCAUAAUUUGAUUUGAUUAGUUGUAUAUAGGCAUAUUGAUAUUCGUUCACUCAUUGUUUUGCACAGGUCGUAAAAUAACUAAAAAACGUGACCUAUUUUUUGAAGACGGGUUUUAUUAUUAGUUAAACAACCCCAGGCAUCAUCAUAAUUUGAAUAAAUAAACAGAGUGUUCGUUAUCAGCGUUGUAUUGAUCUGUUUCUGCACACAUCACUAUAACUUACUAAGUGAUGCCGCUAUCAUAGGCUGUUUGAGUGUUUGCAAAGCUGGUGGGUAAGUGUGUUAAAGUCAUGACUCAUUCUACAUGCGAUAUUAUUAUUAUUUAUUAUUUUACUUGUGAUUGCUAUUUAAUUUACAUUCUUGUUUAAUUUAUUGUUAAUUAAUUACAGAAUUGCAAUGAAAUAUUAAAAUAUUAUAAAUAUAUUAAUUUAUUGUCACAUUGCAACUUUUGUGUUCUGGUGACUCUACUGAAUUUCAUGCAAUUUGUUUUUUCAAAAUCCAUUGCUGUUUAUUAAACAAUCGUUUAGUUCUGAUCACUUUCAUAGUUCUUUUUUUAAAAGUAAAUUCAUAAGAAUGAGGUUUAGAUUUAGAGAUAUUGCUUUCAUUUCCCUCAUUUUCAACAUUUAAGUCAUUGAAUUUGACCUAUCAAAAAAAAAAAUUAAAAAAAAAAAUAUAUAUAUAUAUAUAUAUAUAUAUAUACAAAGACUAAGGAUUGGGUGGAUCAAACAGAUUAAAAGUUCGAGAUGCAUUAAAUUGCACUUAUUCUUAUUACUAUGAAAUCAGUAAUUAUGAAGUAAUGUAUCGCUAAACAUACGAACAAAUCUAAGUAGUUUAUAAUGCUAAUGAAUUAUUUUACUAAAUUUUAGAAGGGAAUUUAACUUGUUAUAGAGCUAGACUAAUAGUAAUAGGGUAGCAAUUUACUUUCAUUAUGUAAAAAUUAUUGUGUAGGUCCUUGGCCUAAAUUUUUUUUAAACCAGCUUUUAAUACUUUUAUUUCUUUAGCACUAAUACCCAUAUUGAAAAUAUUUUAGUUUUUGUGCAUAUAAUUAUUUUUACAUUUUAGUUUUAGAAAUCUAAAUAGCAAAUUAAAUAAAUUAUUUAUUUUUUUCUCCCCCAAAUCAUCAAAGAAUUUUUAUAGAUUCAUUUACCUGUGUGGAAUGGAAAUAGUUAAGUCUGUAAGUAUGAAAUAAAGUCAUCACAUUAUCAUAUUUUCUACUAUUAUACAAGAUAUUAAAAUACAUAUUCUCAAAGAAUUGUUUCAAGCUUAUAAUCCUAAAUAAUUACCCAAGAAUUCUCAAAAGAACAAUUCCAAAGGGUGGCAUGCAAAGGGUGUUUCAAAACAUCACCAUUACCCAUAUAAUCACUGAUACUAUUAUUGUAAAUUUUGUUUAAUCAACGCCAGGCACAGAAACAUUGAAAAUCCCAUCUACAUGCAUAGGAGCCAAAAUGAUCAAUAAAUUGAUCAAGGGCCCUUAAGAUAUAGAAGAAGAAGAAGGUAGAUUUUCCCAUUUUGAAAUAAUAAUUUCAUGCAUUCAUUUUUAACAAGAACUUAUUUCUACUAACCAAUAUUAGCAUUGGUUUAAUGCAUGUUACAAUCAAUGAAAAUACAUUUAAGCUUUUUUUGGUUUGCUUCCAUUUAUAAUAAUAUUUUACUUAUUUUCCAACUUUCUUUUCAGGAUUUUAUCAAGUUUCCUUAACAUAUAAAUAUUAGUUUUGAUUUACAAACUGAGUGCAUAUAGUCUAAUUAUUUAAAAUCCAAAGAAACUGCAAUUAAUUUUCAUUUUAACUUAGCAAUUAUAAAAUAAUUUUUUUUCCCCUCAUCUAAAGUUAUUAAAAAAAUAAAGUCUUUUAAUUUUGAAUAAAAGUUUUGUUGUUCAUUGUGUAGUAUAUUUGAUUUAAAAAUUAAAUUAAAAUUAUUUUUUGUAUAAAAUCAUAACUCCACUUCUAGAUAAAAGAUAAAAAGAUGAACUUAGUGUUUUUGGAAAGCUUAUUGCAAGCCCUUUAAGAUGAUAUAUCCCGUAUGGCUUAUAGAAAUCAGAAAAUAUUUUACAUUUCUUUCAAAGUACGUAUGUUUGUACCAUUUGAAGCUAGUCCAUCUUACAGUGGUAACUGACAAAAGUUUGUUUCAUUUGAAUUUUAAAUCUGAACAUUGAGUAAACCCCCCCCCCCUUAAUUUAGGCUGCAAAUAAAUAUUUUAAAUUAAACUGUAUUGCUGAGCCUAAUUAUUGAAAUAAUGACUGACACCCAGAUUGAUUGUUAUGUUUAUUAUAAAAGUAGUAAGCUAACAAAUUUCAAAAGAGAAGACCUAGGCUUAGGGUGCUUUCUACUAUCAUGGAAAAUUUGAUGAGUGAUUUAGGUGUAAGCAAAAUAAGAUUUAAAAAAAACAACUAAUACAUUAAAUAAAGGUUCCAAGCCAUGGAUACUGAUGCCCCCUUGACAUCUGUCCCUGAAGAAUUGAAGAGGCUUGUUCGACUUAUCGUCAGAGGAUUUUACUCAAUGGAGCAUGCAGUUGUUAUUGAUAUGUUGGUUAGACAUCCUUGCGUGAAAGAAGAUGAUCUUGCUGAAUUGCUUAAAUUUGAAAGGAAGCACCUCAGGUUGUUAUGAAUUGGGUUUUCAAUAAUGUAUUUAACUGUAUUUUUUUAUUUUACAAUUUAUAAAGCAUAAUAAAUUUAGGAAAGAGUUCAAUUUCCAUUGCUUUUAAAAUGUAUUUAAAGCUAUAUAAGUGUUGUUUUUAAAAAAAAUAAUAUUACUGUAUUAUUCUCUUGACUAUCAGAUCAAUUCUCAACAUGUUAAAAACUGAUAAAUUCCUUAAAAGUCGAAUGCGAGUAGAAACAGAUGAAGAGGGUCGUACUACAAGGCACACAUUCUAUUUUAUCAAUUACAGGUAAGCGAUCCCUACAUACCUUGAAUUUAUACAUUUAUACUGCAUGUUCUUCCCAUUUUUAUAACAGUUUAUAAAUGUUUAUCUCCCAAAGAAAUUUGAAAAAUCGUGACAUAAAUUUCCCCAGGGCGACAUUUUUAAUUUUUACCCAAUUGAUGUUAAUAAAGAAAUUCUGCAAGGCUGGUUCUUAGGAAUCUUAUCCUGUCUCCAGGAUGGUUGCUCUGUUGUUGUGAUGAUCAACUAAGGUUUGAUUUAACACGAUAUAUGAAUCUUUGGAUUUAUUAAAUUUUUACCAUACUGGAAAAGGGAUAUACAGAGAAAGACUGGCAGUGUUACUACGAUUUGAGGGAGUUUUUUGUUUUUAAAGUAUUAAUUCAGCAAAUUAAAUACAGAAAAAUCCAAGUUCAAGAAAAUAUCACCCUCCUGAAGCAGAACUGAAGUUUGUUUGUGCAGCUAAAUAUCACUUGUGUGUUUAUGCAUACUGAUUAAUUACUGGAAAUAUUUGAGGCAUUUUAGACUAAUCAAUUAAUUUCAGGCAACUCCCUGAUAAAAAUCAGUCCAAAUAAUGUGGUUUACAAAAAACUAAUUGCUUUUAGAAACAACAGAACUUAAUACGCCAAUAAUAGUCAGUAACCUUUGUUCCAUUGUUAUUUGUAUUUUUUGCUCUACUAAAUGACUGGUUACUUUUGUUUAUGCUGUGCUUAUGACAUUGUUUAACUGUAAGUUAAUAGUAGAUAAAUCAGGCAGUUUCUUGACUGGGCAAAAUAAUAUUUUCUUAUAUUUUCCUGAACUUUGUAAAAUAAAAACUAUAGGUACAAGUAACUUGUAAUCCAUUUAUGAUGCAUCUUCUAUAGGUAGUACAGUAAAUGAUCAUCUGCCCAUAGGGCUUAAGUUGCUAUCCCUUAACAUUCAAUGCCAGGAAUCAAAUUGUACAUGUGACAAAAUUGAUUUUCUCCUAUCACGCCGUUUCAUGUACCGGUAAAACCCUAGUAAACUUGAUUUUCUCCUAUCACGCCGUUUCAUGUACCGGUAAAACCCUAGUAAACUUGAUUUUCUCCUAUCACGCCGUUUCAUGUACCGGUAAAACCCUAGUAAACUUGAUUUUGCACAAAGUCCACUACUGUACUUUCGUGAGGUUGCAAUAUUUUUCUUUCUUGAACUUAAAUUUAUAUAACCUGUGUUUAAUUUUAGAAUGUAAGUACUCAUUUCUGUUUUUCUUUGAGUGGGAAAUGACAGGAGCUUUGCUACAUACAACUUACCAGGCUGCCCUAAUUUUCUAAUCGACUUCAAAUCGACGUCUGUCCCCCCUCUAUAAUAUAAACAUAAUUAGUUUUGUGGGUUCAUGUUAAUUUUUAUUAUUGCAGAUCAACAUAGUGCAUUCAUAAAGGGGUCAACCAGGCAGAUCAAGAGCUUCUGAUUCCAGUACUAUUGUAAUGUCUCUUUUUUUUAUGCCAAUUUAUUUUGUCACAAAAAUUUCUUUUUCUGUUCAGCGUAUUCGUAAAUGUUGUAAAAUACAAACUGGACCACAUGCGACGCAAAAUAGAAAUGGACGAACGUGACAACACCAGUCGCUCUUCCUUCAAGUGUCCCAAUUGUCACAAGACCUACACAGACUAUGAGGUGGGAGAGCUCCUGGACCCGUCCACAGGAGAGCUUGUCUGUACUUUCUGCAAUGUUACGGUAACAAGAUUCUCAUAGUGGGUUACUGUUUAAAUGUCAAUGUUGGUUUUACUAUGUCAUUAUUUUUUUUAACUUAAUUUGUUCUUUCAAAAUCCCUGUUUUAAAAAAAAAAGUUAAUGAGAAAAAGUGAGAUGAAAUGAAUGCCAGUGGUGACUGUGAUGUCCAACCUGGGAAUUAUUCUCAUGACACCUUUACGUUUAAUUAAUUCUUUACAAAGACUUUAAUAAUGUAUACAAGAGCCCAUCUAGUCAUUUGAGAAAGUACAAAAGCCAAUGAGCAAGUGCAUUACACCGGUAGAAUGUCUGUAGUUGAUUAUAUAAAAAAAUAUGGUUCCUGAUUUUUUAACCUGCGCGCUGACAUUGUCAUUAGGUUGAAGAAGAUGAAAGUUCAGUACCGAAACAAGAUGCACGGACACUGCUGGCUAAAUUCAACGAACAGAUUCAACCUAUUUACGAUCUGUUGCGCGUCUGUGAAGAUGUAAAGCUUGCUCCUGAGGUGCUUGAGCCAGAGCCAACAGACAUGAAGAAAGUCAUCAAGUAUGUGUUCAGUUUUUGUUUAUUACUGCUGUUAGGAAACUGGUUCGUGUUGCAUUAAAGGCAGACUGAACAAAAGGCUGAAUGAACAAAAGGUAGAAUGAACAAAAGGCAGAAUGAACAAUAGGCUAAAUGAACACAAGGUAGAAUGAACAAUAGGCUAAAUGAACAAUAGGCUAAAUGAACAAAAGGUAGAAUGAACAAUAGACUAAAUGAACAAAAGGUAGAAUGAACAAUAGGCUAAAUGAACAAAAGACAGAGUGAAAAAAAGGCAGACUGAGCAAACACAGCUUUUAAAGAAAACACGUAGCAAUUCUAAUGAAUCUCCACGGAUCAAUCUUGGAUCAGGGUUUUAAUUACUGAAAUUUUCUUCUAUGCUAAGAUUUAAAAAAAUUCACCAUUAGAAAUCUUUUUGGGGUAUAUUUGCUUUUCAAAUGAGUGACAUUGAAAACUAAAAACUAGUAGCAGUUUAAAUUUAUUAUCUUGUGUCGUGAUGCUAUCUUUCGAAAUCCUUGCAGCAAUUUUAAUAAAUAUGCUCAGUAGUUAGUCGCAAUGUUUUUAAUGACAAAACUGAGGAGAUGACAUUUGAUAUUUAUUAAGAAAAUAAAGUGUGUUUGUGAAAUGAAGAAACAAGUUUUUUAAUCUAGCAAAUACAUUGAAAGUCUUGCAUCUAUUUAAAUUUUUAAUUAUUUUUUUUUGAAUAGUCGCAACAAUGCAUCUGGCCACAAGCCUGCAGAUGGCGACAGGACAGUUUGGAGUGGGGAUGCCACCCGUAAUGUCGAUUUCGGCUACAUUGAGAACAGAGUCACCAUCACAAUGGAUGAUGACCAUCCUGGAAAAGUUGAAAAGAAAGAUCAGCCCGUCUGGAUGACCAAGAGCACCAUAGACGGCACUUCAGCUUUGGAUUCAGCAAUAGUAGAAGUAUGGCACAUUUUUUUGUCUUGUGUUUCUAUCUGUCAAAAAAAUUCAGAAAACUACCAUCUUGUGUACCCGAAUGAUAUGCUGCAAGCUUGCUCCAAUAUUUGGAUGCAAACUUGAAUGUAAUUAGGCACUUGAGUACUUUUGCUUCUUGUAUGAUGCCUUUCGAGAAGUAUAAAUUACUAGGAGAGAAUGUCAAAAAAGACGCUUGUUAUAUUUUCUCUCAUUGAUCUGUAGUGUAAUAAAAGAAAAUCUGUUGUGCAGUUCAGGGGAUCCUUGGGCAGUUUGGGGUUGUAGAGUUUGAGUCGUGCAAUAACACAUUUAAGAACACCUUUUUUUUUGAUCCACAGAAUAAACUUCCAGAUGUUGACAAACGUGGGCGAGGCACGGGUCCUGAUGAUAUUUUACAAACUCUUCUGGUCCAUGAGCCAAAAGCUGGACCAUCACGUCUUGUGGUCCCAGAUUCUAGUGGAGAAUCAGAUUUAGAAGAACUGAAGAAUGGAGAAGGUUAGGAAUAUAGAAUAGAAAAUAUAGAAAUCUUGUUAGAAAUAUUAAAAAAAAUUUAUCCAGCAGUAGAAAUCAUCUCCUUCUGAUAGUGUACUCUUAACUUUAAUUUAUCAAAAACUAGAAACCCUUUCUAGCUGUCCUCUAUUUAAACUUUUGCUGUUUCAGAUGUGGAGGAAAUGGAGAGCGAUGAAGACGACGAAGCAGGUCCCAUGGUGUUCAUUGGCGCCAACCCUGUGCCUUACAACAAUGUCACUCCAGAGAUGGUGGCGACCAUGACUCCCUUGGAGAAGGAGGAAUACAUUCGGAUAGGACAACAGCUGUAUGAAAACAUGUAUGAUUAACUCCUCACCUAGGCUUGUGCUGCUCUAUUAGCUGUCCACCUACCGUCCAGCUGGCACCUAGAGAUCUUAAAACCUUCGUGGAUGUAAUCCAUGGAUAACUUUAUACCAACAUGCACUACACCUGUUGAAGUUAUCAGCAGUUAUAUCCUUGCUAUUGAACCUAGCCUUCAAUUAUUUUAAUUGCUGUCUAAUUUAUUGAAUUCUGUGAAGGGAAUCUUGAACUCUGUGCAGGGAAUACCUUGAUAUUGCUUCGGGGUCACUGCAAGGACUAGCUGUAUGGAGAGAAUAUAAAUCGCAGUGACCUUCAAGCGUCUGCAGUCUUCAGAUGACGUGAUGACUUUUACCUUUUGCAACAGCAUUAGCAACAAAAUGCCCAUCAGCUUUUUUUUAUAUUAAUGACAGCAUGGCAUGAAUCCACUUACAAAAGACCUACCGACAACCAUGUUUCCAGGAGUUAAUUAUCCAAAAGUAUUAUUUUUUUACCUGAGUAAAUGCAAAACGUUGUUUACUUUCCGUUAUUGCAGAACAUUGAAAGUGCAAGAAUUUAGAACCUGGCUGUUCAGCUGGCAGUGUUUUUUUUUAAUGUUCAGUUUUAACUUUAAAGUUUCACCACAUGAAAGAGUACCAAAGAAAAAAAUGGAAAGUGUUGCAGAGUUGAUGUUUUUUAAACUUUGGCUACACAUCAAAAUACAUAAAUCUUUAUGUAACAAUGUCACUAUGCUACCAGAUGGAGCCGAUUUCACUAGAUAAAAUUCCUAAUAGCUGCGCUGAGAUUCUUAAAAAGUAAGCAAGUGCAUUUGGUGCAUAAUGUUUAAAAAAAAUAUUUUUUUUCGGAAAUUAAAUUGCGACUAUUUUCAUUUUU